AUGUCAGUGACGACACCGGCUGCUUGUAAAUCGGCCGAUAUAUUUAAACCUCGAGGCGUUACCUUUUCGCUGCUUCGACCCGCCUGCCCUUCAAACCGUCAACCGUCAAUCGCAAUCAUGACUACCUAUAUUCCUUCUCUGACGCUGCCGACUUCUGCCUUUCAGCACUCGGCGACAUCUGUUCUGCUGCCCAUUGCCUUGGGCACCGCCAUCGGCUACGGCACCAAACCGGAUAAAACGGUCAAGACCUACUUGGAUCUCAAGCAGCCUCCGCUGCACCCGCCUCCGUGGCUGUUCGGUCCCGUAUGGACCGUGCUUUAUGGCGUGAUGGGCUACGCCGCGCACCGGGUCGCUUCGGCUGGCCUCUUGUCGCUCUCGCCGGCGACCGUCGCCACGACCCAACACUCCCUGACUGUGUACACGAUACAGCUCGGCCUCAACCUGGCGUGGAUGCCGCUCUUCUUUGGCGCCCGCCGCCCAAUCGAAGCCACCGCCGACCUCGUCGCGCUCCUCGGCCUCAACGGCUGGCUCGCCUACACGUGGAGCGCCAUCGAUGAGACGGCCGGGUGGCUGCAGCUGCCGUACCUGGGCUGGCUGGCGUUUGCGACCUAUCUGUCCGCGGGCGCGGGCUACCUCAACGACUGGGACAUGUCGGACUCGGCACUUGAGGCCAGGAAGAAGGUCCAGUAA